GCUACCUUAGCGUCCCAACGCCUGUCAACAACAACAAUGUCGGAGGACGCUCAGGUGCCUCCCUCCUUUCCGCCGGACUCCAUCAAGAUCAUCGCCGAGAGCAUUGGUAUCUCGGCCAUAGGCGACGAUGUGGCCAAGGAAGUGGCCGAGGAGGCAACCUUUAGGCUGAGGCUGCUGGUGCAGGAUGGUAUUAAAUACAUGCAUCAUGGGAAACGGAAGCGCUUCUCCACGGGUGACUUUGAUAAUAUUCUCAAGAUGAAAAACAUCGAACCACUCUAUGGACUGCAGUCUGUGGAACACAUUCCCUUCAGGUUUGCCUCAGGGGGAGGAAGAGAACUGCACUUCUUGGAGGACAAAGAGCUGGAAAUCAAUGAAAUGGUGAGCUCUCAGUUGCCGCGCCUGCCCCUGAACAUGACCAUAAAACCACACUGGCUGGCCAUCGACGGGGUGCAGCCAACAAUCCCUGAAAACCCUCCGCCCAUUACCAAGGACCUACAGAAGAAGGACUCUGUGGACCCUGCAGCCAAGCUCACCGCUCAGCAGGAUCAUAAAGACAACAAACACAUCCAUGGGCGUGGCAUGAAGAGCAUUGAGACGGUCAAAGUGAAGCAGCUGGCAACUCAUGAGCUUUCUGCUGAACAACAACUUUACUACAAGGAAAUAACUGAAGCAUGUGUUGGAUCAGACGAACCAAAGAGAGGGGAAGCCCUACACAGUCUGGCCUUCGACCCUGGCCUGCAUCAGAUGGUGCCGCGCCUUUGUACCUUCAUCGCCGAAGGGAUAAGAGUCAAUGUUGUCCAGAAGAACCUUGCUCUCUUGAUCUACUUAAUGAGAAUGGCUAAAGCUCUUCUGGACAACCAAACACUCUACCUAGAAAAAUAUCUUCAUGAAUUGGUUCCCUCUGUGAUGACGUGCAUUGUGAGCAGACAGCUGUGCAUGAAGCCGGACAUGGACAACCACUGGGCUCUCCGGGACUUUGCUGCUCGUCUGAUUUCACAGAUCUGUAAAAACUACAACACCACCACGAAUGGCCUCCAGACCCGCAUCACUAGAGUGUUCUCCAAGUGCCUCAACACAGAGAGAACACCUCUGUCAUCAGUGUAUGGAGCUGUAGCUGGAUUGUCAGAGCUUGGUCCAGAAGUGACUAAAGUGUUUGUGAUGCCCAAACUGAAGGCCCUGAGUGACAAGAUUGAACAGUGCAUGGAAGGAAUGAACGCCUAUGAUAAAAAUGCUGCCUCGCACAUCAAGGGUUUGCUGCUGAAAACAGUAGCACCAGUCCUCAAGACCCUCCGCAACCCUCCUGACACGGUUACUGACUACAAGGCUGAGUACGGGUACUUAGGCCCCCAGCUCCAGGUGGCAGUGGUCAAGGCUCGUCAGGCUCCACCGCCAACAGCCGCCACUCUCACAGCUCCCAUCAGAGCCAUCACACCAACUGCCACACGCAUCAUUCAGCAAGGGAACAUGGGUGGGAUAGGUGGCCUGGGGUCUCGAACAGUGGUGGUCAACAAGCCCCCAACACCUGGCAUCAGCACCCAACAGCCUGGUCAGAAGGUGAUCAUCAUGACCUCCAGACCACCCACACCAAACCAGAGUGUGAGCUCUGAGGCAAUAGGGGGAGUGAUGAAGACAGCUGUUGUCAACACUGGUCCGCCAAGCAGCACUGGCCUCACCACCGUCACUGUCAACCCAGGCAGCCUGGCGGCGGGAUCUCUCACCCAGGCAGCCGUGGCCCCCCAGGCAGCCGCACACCAGACCACCAAAUAUGUGGUGGUCUCAGCACCCAACCAACCCACAAUUAAGACUGAAAUUAAGGAGGAGCCAGACACCCAGCCCAUGGACCUGACGUGAUCAGUCUUGACACAUUUGUUAUUCAUUCGUCUCUGUCUUCACUGUAGAUUUCAUAGUAAAUUUAUUUAGCAUAGAGAUUUUUUAUUGUCAGUUUAAUUAGCUCAUCAGAUAUUAGUUCCUCAGGCAUUAUAGAGACAAAUAAGACACUCAAUAACCUAAUUUAUCAGUUUCUGGCUCCUUUAUUUAAAUCAUUCUGUUAUCAAUAUUCAGCUUAUGGAUUUUUAGCAGUUACUGUCAUCAUCAUCACCAUCAUUAUCAUCAUCAUUCAUACUCAUCAUCAUCAACCAAAAUCAAUAUUAACAUUAUAUUGUACCUAAGCAGGGUGAAGUAGGAGGGUAAAGCCUCAACAGAAAGAUAGAUAGAUAGAGAGAAAUAAAAACAUCAACCAGAGGAGGUUAGAUUACCCAGUGAAAUGGACCACACUACAAAACACUCAAAAUUAUUGUUAUUACUACUCUACAUUUGAUCAUUUUCUAUUGAGGAAGCUGCAUUGGGAAAAUUAGGGGGAUUAUUAUUCUCCUGAUAAACCUUUUUUUAUUAGGAUGUAGAGUUUAACAAAAAAAAAUAUAACAAAAACAUAAUUUUGAGUUCAAAUACUUAAGCUUACUCAGAAGAUGGAUGUCAUAUCCAUGCUGGUCAGUCUUACACUCAGCUAUUCAUAUUAUGUUCCUCCUCAGAAAGUUGUAAUUUGUGUGUGGUACAUUUAGGGAAUAAAGUAUCUGCUAUGAAAUGUUUUCAUAAUAUAUACUAUAAACUAUC